AGGCUUUUAUUGUGAAGGGCUCGUGACGUCGCAGCUCGCGGAAACCGAUGAAGUGAAAGAGUCGGUGAUGAUCCGGUGCCGGUGAGAGCAGCGACUGAAGCUCCGUUAUCUGGAGACGUGACAGCGACGUGAUGGAGAUUCUUCCUCUGGUGUGUGUGUUUCUCCUGACUCGGUGCGGAACAACGUCUGCUGAUGGAACCGGUCCAGUUGUCAUCAAGAUGGUGGUGAACGAAGGGAACGACGCCAUUUUGCCCUGUUCCCUUGACACCAGGAGCAUCAAGCAGGAGCUCUUUGACUGGAAGAAGGACGGUGACAAGGAGGUCUUCAUGUACGACAAGGGCAGUCACUACAAUAAGGACCGUACGGGUCAAGACGAGCAGUUCAAGGGGCGGGUCUUUCAUUUUCCAGAACACCUGGAGUCUGGCAACGCCUCCAUAGUGAUCAGACACACGAAGGUGACCGACAGUGGAAACUACACCUGCGAUUUUCCAUUUCAUCUGCCAAACAGACGAUCACACAUUGUGCUUGUUGUUGAUCCUAUCUUAAAAGACCGAAGUGAUGAAAACAUCCCAGGUGCCACUCCAAAGCCAAAUGUUGCAAUACUUGAUGAAACAAAGGACAGGGCUCUGCUGCAGUGUGAAGUUCAUGGUGCGUCUCCAAAACCACAUGUCCAGUGGCAGAACAGAGCUGGAAACAUUGUUCCUGCUGAAGAACCUCAGGUCUCAGAAAGAGGAGGCAGCUACGACAUCGUCCUCAACACUACUGUGACCAAGACCGACCACUAUCGCUGUGUCUCCACACAGGACGAGAUCAACCAUCAGAUUUACUCUGAGACUUUUGUUCACAUCAGUGGAGCAGCUCCAAAACCGUCCAUCACAACGCUUGGUGAAACAAAGGACGGAGUUCAGCUGCAGUGUGAAGUUCAUGGUGCGUCUCCAAAACCACGUGUCCAGUGGCAGGACAGAGAUGGAAACAUUGUUCCUGCUGAAGAACCUCAGGUCUCUGAAAGACGAGGCAGCUACGACAUCGUCCUCCAAACUACUGUGACCAAGACCGACUACUAUCGCUGUGUCUCCACACAGGACGAGAUCAACCAUCAGACACAUGCUGAGACUUAUGUUCCUGUUCAUGAGAAUCACACUGGAGGGAUGACUCCGGUUGGAUUUGCUGUUGGUGCAGUUGUGGCUCUUCUUGUUGUUGGCGUUGUUCUAUUUGUGCUUUUUAAGACGGGUCGCAUCAACUGUAAGAAAGAUCAACCAGACUCUUCAGAGGCUCCUCUGAAGAGUCUGGUUUAAAGACACAUGAUCAGGAUCCUUCACUCCGUCACAUGUGAAGUUGACUGCUGAAGACUGUAAACAACAACAACAACAACAACAACUCUGCUUUCCACAGCUGGAUCAUCUUCACGUCCUGUCUCCUGCUGCUCCACACAAACCAGACACAAUGUUAAAGAGUCUGACUCUGACAAAUAUACUCUGUAAGAUCUGUAGAACGUUCGGACCCAAAUUCUGCAAACAUUUUCCAGAGUUAAUGUCUGAAAACACGAACGGCUAAAAUAUCAAGUCAAAAAUAAGUGUUGCGAGGAGUCAGUUUUAUUUACAGUAAAAAAAAAAAAAUUUAAAACUCCAUUCAGACACAGAGCAGCUCAAAGUGCUUCACUGACUACUGGCACAGAAAUACAUCAGAAAUAAGACAAGAAGAAAAAAACACUUCAGUGUCUGGAUACAAAAAGAGAAACAAUAAGUCAUGGAAAUAAAAUCAUAAAAGAAACAAGCAGCAGAAUUAAAAUGGGCCAAGUUAAAAAGGGACCUAGUUGAACUGGAACAAGUCCUUCUGAUAAUAGUUAUAGAUACUGUAGAUAGGUGGAUAUAUGUACUUCAUUGAUCACAAACUGGGAAAGUGAGUUUUAAGAAACAACUUGAGUGAUCACUGAUUUCUUUAUUUUUGAGUUUUUUUGGAAGCUCAGUUUGAUCAGAUGAUAAAAUCCCCUGACUGAGUCAGUGUGUUUGUGUUAAGCUUCAUAUAUGAAUGCAUCCAUUUACAGAUAUAAUCUCUCUUAUUGUGGUUCUCCUCAGCUGGGCAUUGACAAAACCAACAGACUUCACUGAACUGAAACCUGCUGCUCUGCUUUAAAUCAAUGUGAAUAUUUUUGCAGCUAAACUGAAACAAUGUGAUACAUUUUAUUUUUUUUUAAUUUUUGUGUUGUGUUGUGGAGACGGACUGGAGUCUGUCAGGUACAGUUACAGUCAGAGCGAUACUGUCUGAAUUUGUCACUGUCUGACGAUCACUUUUUUUUCAUGUUGUUACCUGAUGAUUAUUAUUUCAGGAAGAAUUAAAAAAAUUCUGUUUACCACUUUGAAUAAAACAUGAAGUAUCUCAAA